CGGCCCGCCCUCCCUCCCUGCCCAGCCCGCCCGGGCCGCCGCCCUGGCCUGUGCAGGCCGGAGGCCAUCCCGGCCUGAGCGCCGGCUCUGGGCUCCACUGCUCUGGCCUGGGGGCGGGGCCGGCGCGCGGCGUCAUGCAUAUGCAUGAGCGGCGCGGCGGCUCCAUUGUGCCCUCGGAGCGGGCGGCGGCGCGAUGGCGCGGGUGGCGGCGGCCCCGGGGCGGCGGGCGGCGCUGAGGGCGGGCUGAGCGCAUGGAGCAGUGCGGACCGGGGGCCACGGCGGCGAAGGGCCGGGCCGGGCCGCGCGGAGCAGCCAGAGCAGCUGAGUCCCACAUAAGCACCGGCGAGGGCCGCUUCCUGCCACGCACAGACCUGGCCUUUGGGCUGCUCCCAAGCCCAUGAACCCCAUGAACCCCAUGAAACCUGCCCUGCCCCCCACGCCACAUGGUGAUGGUCCAUUCGCUUAUGAGGCGGUGCCUUGGCAACAGAGUGCCACUCAGCCAGCAGGAUCGCUGUCUGUGGUCACGACCGUGUGGGGAGUCGGCAACACGGCACAGAGCCAGGUUUUAGGGAACCCCAUGGGCCCCGCAGGGAGCCCCCCUGGCAGCUCCAUGAUGCCUGGCGUGGCAGGUGGCAGCUCCGCCCUGAACUCCCCGCAGUGCCUCGGACAACAGGCGUUUGGCGAGGGUGGCGCCAGCAAGGGCUACGUGCAGCAAGGGGUGUACGGACGAGGGGGCUACCCCGGGGCCCCCAGCUUCACCACUGGGUAUGCAGGUGGCCCUGGGGGGCCGGGGGGCCUGGGCCUCCCCUCUCAUGCCGCUCGGCCCUCCACCGACUUCACCCAGGCGGCAGCAGCUGCUGCUGUGGCUGCUGCUGCCGCCACAGCCACGGCCACGGCCACAGCCACGGUGGCUGCCCUCCAGGAGAAGCAGAGCCAGGAGCUGAGCCAGUACGGAGCGAUGGGGGCUGGACAGUCUUUUAACAGCCAGUUCCUGCAGCAUGGUGGACCCCGGGGGCCCAGUGUCCCCAGCAGCAUGAACCCUGCUGGCGUGGGAGGGCUGAUGGGCCCCUCCGGCAUGAGCCCCAUGGGCCUGAACCCCACCCGGGCAGCGGGCAUGGCGCCCCUGUAUGCGGGGCAACGCCUUCCCCAGCACGGGUACCCUGGGCCCCCCCAGGCCCAGCCACUGCCUCGACAGGGCGUCAAGAGAGCCUACUCCAGUGAGGUCUGUCCCGGGCAGCAAUACCUGCCAGGAGGCCAGUACGCCCCUGGCACCACCCAGUAUGCAGCUGGGGCCGGGCAGCCCCCCGCCCCCUCCGCCUACCCCGGGCACAGGCUGCCCCUGCAGCAGGGCGCGGGCCAGUCCCUGUCCAGCUCCGGCCCCGUGGGACUGCACUACAAGGGUCGAGUCCAGGGGCCUCGCUCGGGGGCAGGCCGCAGCCCCAGGCACGCGCGGUCUUCUCUCCCGCAGCCGGCAGAACAGUUCAACGGGCAGGGUGCCAGCUUCAACGGGGGGAGCGUCGGCUUCAGCCAGCCUGGCCUGAGUGGGCCCGCUCGUUCCAUCCCUGGCUACCCCAGCUCCCCACUACCAGGGAGCCCCACGCCGCCUAUGACCCCCAGCAGCAGCGUCCCCUACAUGUCCACCAGCCAGGAGGUCAAGUCUCCCUUCCUGCCUGACCUCAAGCCCACCGUGAGCAGCUUGCACCCGUCACCCCCUGGCAGUGGCCCCUGUGACGAGCUGCGGCUGACCUUCCCCGUGCGGGAUGGGGUGGUCCUGGAGCCCUUCCGCCUGCAGCACAACCUGGCCGUGAGCAACCACGCCUUCCAGCUCCGCGACUCCGUCUAUAAGACCCUGAUGCUGAGGCCUGACCUGGAGCUGCAGUUCAAGUGCUACCACCACGAGGACCGACAGAUGAACACCAACUGGCCGGCCUCCGUGCAGGUCAGCGUCAACGCCACCCCGCUCACCAUCGAGCGCGGCGACAACAAGACCUCCCACAAGCCCCUCUACCUGAAGCACGUGUGCCAGCCCGGCCGCAACACCAUCCAGAUCACCGUCACGGCCUGCUGCUGCUCCCACCUCUUCGUGCUGCAGCUGGUGCACCGGCCGUCUGUCCGCUCCGUGCUGCAGGGUCUCCUCAAGAAGCGCCUCCUGCCGGCCGAGCACUGCAUCACCAAGAUAAAGCGGAACUUCAGCAGCGGCACCAUCCCCGGCACCCCUGGGCCCAACGGAGAGGAUGGGGUGGAGCAGACGGCCAUCAAGGUGUCCCUCAAGUGCCCCAUCACCUUCCGCAGGAUCCAGCUCCCUGCCCGAGGUCACGACUGUCGCCACAUACAGUGCUUCGACCUAGAGUCCUAUCUGCAGCUCAACUGUGAGCGAGGGACCUGGAGGUGCCCCGUGUGCAACAAGACGGCGUUGCUGGAGGGCCUGGAGGUGGACCAGUACAUGCUGGGCAUCCUCAUUUACAUCCAGAACUCUGACCACGAGGAGAUCACCAUCGACCCGACGUGCAGCUGGAAGCCGGUGCCUGUGAAGCCUGACGUGCACGUCAAGGAGGAGCCAGACGGGCCGGUGCUGAAGCGCUGCCGCACCGUGAGCCCUGCCCACGUGCUCAUGCCCAGCGUGAUGGAGAUGAUCGCUGCCCUGGGCCCCGGGGCCGCUCCCUUCGCCCCCCUGCAGCCCCCCUCAGCCCCGGCCCCUGGCGAUUACCCCAGCCAGGGUUCCAGCUUCCUGGGACCCGGGACCUUCCCCGACUCCUUCCCGCCCACCACACCCAGCACCCCAACCCUCACUGAGUUCACCCCGGGGCCACCCCCUGUCUCCUAUCAAUCCGACAUUCCCAGCAGCCUCCUGACGUCAGAGAAGUCCGCCCCCUGCCUCCCAGGCCAGAUGGCACCAGCGGGUCACCUGGACCCAGCCCAUAACCCCGGGCCACCGGGGCUGCACGCCCCCAACCUCGGAGGCCCCCCAGGGCCUCAGCUGCAGCAUCCGAACCCUCCGCCAGCAUCCCGGCAGCCCUUGGGUCCAGUGAGCUCGGGGCCCAUUGGCGAGCUGGCCUUCAGUGCUGCCACAGGCAUGAUGGGGCCCCCCAUGUCUGGGGCGGGGGAGGCCCCGGAACCGGCCCUGGACGUGGCGUAUGUGCGAGUCAGAAUCAGUGCACGAGAGACAGGUGACCAGGCCUCAGCCAUGAUAAAUGAACACGAAAUUCAGCGUGAGAAACAGAAGGGCUCAAAGCAGAAAAUCCCAGGGACUGGGCUGCUCCCAGAACUGACCAACCCCGAUGAGCUGCUCUCCUACCUGGGCCCACCUGACCUCCCCACAAACAGCAACGAUGACCUGCUCUCUCUCUUCGAGAACAACUGAUCUGCCCACCUGGCUGGCGAGGACACGCCCACAGAUGGCACACACCCUUCUCUCUAGCCCAGCCCCACCUGACACCAGCGGCCCUCCCAACGCGUACACCUGACGCCUGGCCCCGAGGCAGGAGGGGACCCCCGGGACAGCGGCACUCUCUGGACCAGUUUGCAGCUGCAGAACUGUGUGUGAUGAGAAGCGCAGCCCUGGCCCCGUCCCUGCCCUGACCCCAUCCACACCGGGCUCCUGCCUGUCGGCCCCACCUGGUCCAUGCACACCUGCCACCCCUGACCUGUCAACCUUGCUCCAGGGCUCCCCACCCCUGCCUGCUCCCACUGACCUGCAUCUUGUCCGGUGUUGACCUUUCUGUUUCAGUGACCCCUUGGCCCCGGGCUGGCGAGGAGUGGGGCUACUCUGUCCUGGGGCCUGAUCACUCCCAGCCCGCUGUGUAGGGUGGGGGCAGGGGCUCUUAAGCACAACCAUGUACAUAGUGAAGAAACACUAAUAGACGUAGGGUGGCUGGUCCCUCUGUGCUGCCAGGGUCUCCUGGGGCUCCUGCCCUCACCCAUGUGCAGACAGGGGUGGGGGAGACAGGGGCAGCAAAAGCUUCCUCCUGCUGGAGGAGGGGCGCCGACUCAGCCCCAUGUACAGAUGCUCCAGCAGCCUCUUCCCCCAAGUUCCCCUUUUCCGUGAAAGUGAAGAAUUGGUCCGACUGUGUUUUUUAAAACCACCUCCUGUGUCCGCCCUGGGGCCACACCAGGUGGAGGAGGAGGAGGCACCACACCUGUGCAGGGCCCAGCUGUGUCCCACGUCUGCCCGUCUCGAUUAAAGGACUCCCUCGUGGUGGGCCUGGCCAAUCCCUCCUUCCUGCUCCACCUGCGUCCUGACCUGGGCGGGGCUCCCUGUUUCAAGCCAAGGCCUAGCUCUUCCUGCCCGUGGUAAAUUUCCUUGUCCCUGGAAUUUUCCACGUUGGCUUUGGCUGGAGAGCUUUUUUGUGAAGUGUCACCAGGGCUGGGAGACACAUCUGCCACCACAUCACUUUGCGUGGGCUUGCCUAGGGCAGGGAGCCAGCUGUGGGGCCAAGGGCCUUGGGAGGGUUGGGACUGAAGGCCUGACCAGCUCAGCAUUAAUUCAUCUGUGUCGUAACUACCCAAGUGACCCCACUUCGUGGCCCUGAGGGCCCUCCUAUUCAUCAGAAGGGGCUUAAGGAAGAUGGGGGAAACCCCCCCCCCAGAUCUGCCUCAUGUGGCACUGAAAGUGAUGGGGGGACAUGUCCAGUGUGGGUGGGCUCCAAGUUGCCCGCUGACAUUCUGGAACCCCAGAUGUGGGCCUUCCCGGCCUUCUGCAGCCUCCUCUCCAGUUUUUCUGGCCGGAGAAAAAGAAGUGGAGAAAAAUUUAGGGAUGGCACUGCCUGUGCUGCUGGGAGCAAAGAGGCAGGCUCCAGGGUUGGCCUAGAAACCCAGCCCAGGAGUGAGCAGUCUGGCGAGGUCAAGAGCAGUCCCAGCACACCCCCCCGGGGUGGGCGUGAGGGGUUCCUUCUAGGAGGCUGUGUCAUUGUGUGGUCUCACUUUGGCCUGCUCCAUUCUGGACGCUGGGUGGAGUGGGAGAUGGGGAUGAGCCAGAGCCUGUGAGCCACUCAACUCCACCCACAGAGGAGUAGGGAAAGUUGUGAAGCGUGACGGCUGCAACAUCAGGGCCCUGAUGCCACCUUGGCCUCAAACUGGGGUAAAAGCGAAAUAUGGAAAUUGGUGUACUGUGAUGCCAUUUUUUAUAAAGUACUACACCCAGUAAUGCUGGGUUUCUUUCACACGCAGGUGACAGUAAUGAGUGAAAGCAAGAUGGUCAACCCAGUGGCCAUGACGCACCCCGUGGGGAUGGCCCCGGGGUGCCUCGGGGGAGAAUGGUGGUGUCAAUGGCAUUCUGACCCCAGAGAAGAGCAGUGGCUUCAUAGGUUUUCACUGUACGCUUCAUAUGUUACAUGUUCUUACCAAAUUGGCAACUUAAAGCCAUCUAGACCUAACAGGCGAAGAACACUCCACCCAACAGCAGCAGAACAUAGGUUCUUUCCAAGUGCAUGUGACACUCUCCGGAAGAGACCACAUGUUAGGCCACAAAGCAAGUCUCAAUAAAAGUCUCAAAAAAUUUGAAAUACAAAGUACCUUCUCUGACCCCAGUGGAAUGAAGCUAGAUGACAGAAGGGAGCUGGAAAACACCAAUACGUGUGUUUAUUCUUUAACAGGCCAGAGAAGAAAUCACAAAUGAAAUGACAAGAUUAAAAAAGAAGCCACACACACCAAGAUUUAAGGAGCAGUGAAAGGAGUGUGAAAGCAGGAAAUGUAUAGUGGGAAAUGUCCACAUUUGAAAAGGGAACUCCCGCCUGCAAACCGCCAUAUGCUGCGGGUGCGGCCCUAGAAAAGACAAAACGGGAACUCCCAGAAGUUAACCACUGUGGUUCAGCCGGUUAGGAACCUGACUAGUAUCCAUGAGAAUAGGAGUCAAUCCCUUCCCUCGCUCAGUAGGUUAAGGAUCCAGUGUUGCCUAUGGUGUAGGCCAGCAGCUUCAGCUCUGAUUCCACCCCUAGUCUGGGGACUUCCAUAUGCCAUGGCUGUGGCCCUAAAAAGACAAAAACAAACAAAUCCAAAGCUAGUAAAAGGAAUGAAAUUAGAAAACAGGGAGACAAUAGAGUAGGAACAUGAGCAAAAAAUUGUUCCUUUGAAAAGCAACAGAAUGAACAAACCUUCAGGAGCUGCCACUGUGUUCUGCAAGUGCUGGGACCCAGGUUUGAUCUCCAGCUCAGCACGGUGGGUUAAGGAUCUGAUGUUGCCACAGCUGCAGCAUAAGUCACAACUGUGGCUCAGAUCUGAUCCCUGUGGGGCGGCCAAAAAAAGGAAAAAUAUCUGACACCUUUAAAUCGGCUGAAGGGAAAGACACAAAUUACUCAAAUCUGAAAUAAAACGCAGGAAAUUACUACUGAGCUUCCCUUAAAGGAAUGAUGAGAGGAUACACGAACAGUUGUGCACCAACAAAUGAGAUAACUUCGAUGAAAAGGGCUAAUGCCUAAAACGUAUAUGUGUUAGCAAAACUGUCCUGGGAAGAAAUAGAAGAUACGAAUAGACCUAUGAGUAAGGAGAAUGAAUUAGUCAUCACCCCCCCAAACACACACACCCCGACACAGAAAAGGCCAGGACCAGAUGGCUUCCUUGGUAAAUCCUCACAAACACGUAAAAAGGAUGGCCCCGGUCCUUCUCACACUCUUGUAAACACUGAAGAGGAGAGAAUAUUCCCUGAGUGUUUCUUCAAGGCAGCUUCCUUCAUCAAGUCCAUUUUUGUUCUUUUUAGGGCUGCACCUGUGGCAUAUGGAGGUUCCCAGGCUAGGGGUUUGAAUUGGAGCUACAGCUGCCAGCCUCCACCACAGCCACAGCAACACCAGAUCCAAGCCGCGUCUGCAACCUACACCACAGCUCACAGUGACUCCGGAUCUUUAACCCACUGAGCGAGGCCAGGGAUGGAACCUGAAACCUCAUGGUUCCUGUUCGGAUUCCUUUCCCCUGUGCCAUGAUGGGGACUCCGUUUCUCAUAGUUUUAAUCCUAGUUCCGGCUUUGGCUAAAUUACCCCUUCCCCAGGGAGCCCUUGGGUCCCAGAAUAAAUCGGGCGGUGUCCUUUGGCUGUGGCCACAGGUCACCUUGUGAAUUGCCUUGGUGGUUCCCAUCAUGGGUGAUCAAUUACAGACAAUUAAAUAGUUUAUCAAUUUCACACAAUUAAAUAGUUUGCAAAGUUAAAAAAUAGUACAGUGAGACCAUCUACACAACUUUGGAUUCACCAACUGUCAAUGUCUUGCCACCUUGCGUGACUGUUCCCUCUUGCUCUUUCCAUGUAUCUGUAUCUUUAAGACACACACUUGCUUUUUUUUAUUGCCAACUUUGGACAAUAAAUUGCAGACAAACA